CGAUGGUCUACGUCCGUCGACUCGACUCAGCGGCCGAGUUCUUAGACGUCACCCGCCUCGUUCGCAUCUCGGUGCUCGAGGCAACCAAUCACAUGAGCUGCAUCGCGCGCACCGAUCCCACGGCCGGGUGGUUUGUCCUCGCCGACACGGCAAUAACUCCCGUGUCGGCCUACGCCGUUCUGUCAAGUACCCGCGGCGUGCUUCUAAGUCCGUACAUGACACCGGACGAGGCGUCGGCGCUCGCAAGGUACCUAAAGACGACCUUCUCUCUUCCGAUGCCGUGCACUGUCCGUGGCCUUUCCGAAAGCGUCGCGGGGUUUGCUGCCAACACGCCGCACGACAUCACCCACGAGGCGUGGCUCUACCGUCUUGACCGCGUCAAGCUCCCCGCCAACGUUGCGGGGACCCUCGUCGUCGCCACGGACGCCCAUGCGGCGCAGCUUUGCGCGUGGUACAAGCUCUUUAAGCGCGAGUGCUUUGACGAAUUCUUGGACGAUGACGCUGCGCCAGCAUUAGUGCAACGCGGCCUCGAGCGCAAGGCGCUCUACGUCUGGAACGUUGACGGAGUUGUUGUCGGCUUUGGCGGCGUCGCGCCACCGAUGACGACGGACGGGAUGACCGUAUACAUGCUCGGUCCGAUCUUCAUUGCCGCCAAUGCCCGCGGCCACGGCUUUUCAAAAGGGCUCACGGCCGCCAUGAGCGCGACGCUUCUGGACACGUGCCCGACGCCGCAAGCGUCGGUUGCGCUCUACGCCGACAUGAAAAACCCCGCGUCCAACGCUGCGUACAAGGCUGUGGGAUUUGUUCCCAUCGAACGCGACGUGACGUGUGCGCUCCGCCCCGAGCCAUGAUGGGACAUGUGCGAUCACUUCAAUUUGCAAAUAUAAGUCAGGGUGGUACAGCUGUAGGAUUCCUGACGAGUGGAAAAGUUGUCGAUAUGGUAACUGUUAAAUGGUCGAUUGUGAUCCGAA